AUAAAUUAAAAUUUAGAGUCUAAACUUCCUUUUCAAAAGCAUAGGGCUCCACCAAUUGACUUGAAAGUUAAAAUACUAAUUUAGUACUUGAGUGUUCAGAGAUGCAAUAAAAAUGUCCUUAAACUUCAAAAAGAACUCAAAUUUUUUAUACCAAUUAGUAUUUUAACCUAACUUGAACCAUGUAUGGUUCUCAUGGAGGCGGGUUAGUCCAAUUCUCAUGUUUUUCUCCUAGAACGAGUGCUUGUAUGCUUGAUAAUUGAUCACCUAAAUCCUUAACAAACAAGUUUAAUCUAUAAACAGACAUUAAUCUUUGUGAUAUUGAUGUCUCUAGGUUGUUCAUGUCUCAUCUCAAUGUCACCACUAUCAACAUCAAGGACAUUUAAGAAAGGUCUAUAAAGCUCAUUCUACGAUAAGGUCCUCAGAAACAAUACGUACAUUUGCUUCCUACUACAGCUAACUAUAUAAGGAACUUCAUUAAUGUUUAAAGUACAUAGAAAAAAAAUUAUAUUUUUUUCCUUGUAUGCACCACCAUUUGUCUUUCUAAUUUUUUAGUUGUUUCUAGAAAGUAACUUGAUUGUGAACAAGUCGUUCAAUUGCUAUGUAUAUUGACUGUAAUUCGUAAGUGAAGCUACACGAGUGAAGGCGUUCCCCAUCAAACCAAGAAGUACUCCAGCUGGUGCAGUUGGCAUCGUUCAAGAUAAGCUAAGGAAAUGGAUAUUAACGGUACUAUACAAAUUUCAUCUGGUAAGCGUGACGAUUGGACUGCUAUGUUGGAUUCCUUGUUGGUUUCCUUUCAGAAUGGAGGGAUUAGGCAUGCUGGUUGAAGUGUUGUUGUUGUUCAGUGUGCCACCAGACAAACCGGGUCUAUCACUCAUCCUGUUUCCGGUGUUUAUACUGUUACUUGCCACACUACGCAAACUGGAUAAGGAUCCAUCACGCAAACUGGAUAAGGAACUAUCACGCAAACCGGUACCACCCCGCAUAUUACGCAUAGCGGCCAAACUAUUAAGCAUACCGAUUGGAGUGCCUUUAUUGUUACUUGGUAAGCAAUAACUUUCACUAAUUAGA